AUGGAUCCCAACAAUCGUCCCCACAUGAACUUCGGGUACAAUGAACGUGCCUUCAACAAUGCGGCGGCAAACAAUCGCGCGUAUCCCACCACCCCUUCCGCGUUUCCCCAGCCGAUCUACCAGAAUCAGAGUCCGCAGGACUACGUGGAGGCUCAGAACGGUGUUUACGGUCAAGGAUAUUUCAUGCCGAACCACUACGCUCCCCAGCAGGCCGCCUACGCCCAGCCCCAUUACGGCCAGCCCAACCUGCAGUCCCCUCAACCGGCCUACCAGUCUCGCAUGGGAUACAACGCCCCCGCCAAUGAUGGAACAAACGGCUUGAUCCAACAAUUUUCCAACCAAGAUCUCAACUCCUCCAACCGGACCGGGUUCUUCAAUCGCGCCGCCUCGCCUGCUCAGAGACCCCGUACUGCUGGCUCUGCGGCGCCUGGACAACAGCAGCAACCCGGUCAUUUAGCCCCACCAAUGCCUCGCAGCCCUCGAACUGCCCCCGAGACUGAAGAACUCCAGCGUUACCCAGAGCGCUUCUCGGAGAACGUUCAUAAGCGCGGAAAGGCCGCCAAGGAAUUGAUCAAUGUAUUCUUUCAAGAGAAUAUUGAGCGCGCGCGUGAUCGUAACAUGCGUUCGGCGGAACUCGACAAGAUGAUUCGCGAGCCUAGUAUCCCUCAGGACGCAAAGGUUAAAGAAGCUGAAAUGGUUGGAAAGAAGGAGUCGACCUUCCUCCGAUUCCUUCGAACUCGCGAGACUCCCUCCAACUUCCAGACGAUCAAGAUCAUUGGAAAGGGUGCUUUCGGUGAGGUUAAGCUUGUACAAAGGAAAACGGAUGGCAAGAUCUAUGCGCUCAAGUCGCUGAUCAAGUCGGAAAUGUUUAAGAAGGACCAAUUGGCCCAUGUCCGCGCAGAGCGUGAUAUCUUGGCCGAUUCAAAGGACAACCCAUGGCUCGUCAAGCUCCACGCCUCCUUCCAGGACACUGCAUACCUGUACCUGUUGAUGGAAUUCUUACCCGGUGGUGAUUUGAUGACGAUGCUGAUCAAGUACGAAAUUUUCUCGGAGGAUAUUACCCGCUUCUACAUGGCUGAAAUUGUGAUGGCUAUCGAAGCUGUCCACAAGCUGGGUUUCCUUCACCGAGACAUCAAACCUGACAAUAUUCUCCUUGACCGUGGUGGCCAUGUUAAAUUGACUGACUUCGGUCUUUCUACUGGCGGCAAGAAAACUCACGACAACUCAUACUACCAGAACCUACUGAAGAACUCCACAUCUAAAGACAAGAACCGAAACUCCGGAUAUUUCAAUGAUGCAAUCAACCUAACGGUGUCGAACCGUGGACAGAUUAACACGUGGAGAAAGUCCCGCAGGGCCAUGGCAUACUCGACUGUCGGAACUCCGGACUACAUCGCGCCUGAGAUCUUCAACGGCCAAGGAUACACCUACCUUUGCGAUUGGUGGUCAGUCGGAGCCAUCAUGUUUGAGUGUCUUGUGGGCUGGCCUCCAUUCUGUGCUGAAGACACCACAGACACCUACCGCAAGAUUGUUAACUGGAGAGAUUGUCUAUACUUCCCUGAGGAACUGACCCUGUCUCGUGAGUCCGAGGGCUUGAUUCGAAGCUUCCUUUGCGAUGCGGAGCACCGCGUUGGAAACGAAGGUGGCCAGUACGGUGGCGCCACUCAGAUUAAGAAUCACCCAUUCUUCCGCGGAGUUGUCUGGGAGCAGCUCCGAAAGAUCCGUGCUCCCUUCGAGCCAAGACUCAGCUCAAAUAUCGAUGUGUCCUACUUCCCGAUUGAUGAAAUCCCUCAGGAGGACACAAGUGCUAUUCACCGCGCUCAGGCACGUGCUAUGCCAGAAGAACAGGAGGCCGAGAUGAGCUUGCCCUUCAUCGGUUACACCUACAAGGCGUUCAACGCUUUCCAGGCCACUUAA